ACUACCUAUCUCAUCAUUCUUGGCUCAUACACUUCAAUUUAUUGCAUUGGUCACUCUUAAUUGCUGAAUUUCUCUCGUCUUUCAACUUGAGAUUUUUUUUAUUCUGACAUGGAAUUUAGUGUUAAACACCAAAUUGGCCUUGUUUGUGGCAUGCUACUCUUAGCUGCACUGUGUAAUUCACAGGAAUCUUUUACUGACUCCAGAGCAACAUAUUAUGGUAGCCCUGAUUGCUAUGGGACUCCAAGGGGAGCAUGUGGCUUUGGUGAAUAUGGAAGAACAGUGAAUGAUGGCAGUGUUGCAGGAGUCUCUAGGCUAUGGAAGAAUGGAAGUGGCUGUGGUGCAUGUUAUCAGGUAAGGUGCAAAGUGCCACAAUACUGUGAUGAAAAUGGAGCAUAUGUGGUGGUAACAGAUUAUGGUGAGGGAGACAGAACAGACUUCAUCAUGAGCCCACGUGGCUACUCAAGAUUGGGAAGCAAUGAAGCUGCAUCUGCAGAAUUGUUCAAAUACGGUGUAGUGGAUGUUGAAUACAGAAGGGUACCCUGCAAAUACAAUGGCUAUAACAUAGUGGUUAAGGUCCAUGAACACAGCAAAAACCCUAACUACUUUGCUGUCCUGGUACUCUAUGUAGAAGGAAUAUACGAUGUCACUGCUCUUGAGAUGUGGCAGGAAGACUGCCAAGAAUGGAGGCCUCUACGCAGGGCAACUGGGGCAGUGUUUGACUAUGAGAACCCUCCAAGUGGUGAAAUCAACUUGAGGUUCCAAGUGAGUGGCAAGGGAGGGCUUUAUUGGGUGCAGUCCAAGAAUGCUAUACCUAGUGAUUGGAGGGGUGGAGCUGCAUAUGACACCAUGGUUCAGCUUAAUUAGAAACAACAAAGCACUUUGAGAUACAUGGAUCGCAGAUUAUAAAAUAGAUUAUAAAAUAGAUUAUAGAUAUGCACCAAUAUCCAAUUUGUUACUAGUUUGUGUCACUCUAAGCAUGUGCUGCUGUGUGGAUGUUGAUGAUCUUUUGUAUGGGAGACUAAAAUAAUAUGGGACUUCAUGUAUGAGAUUGCAUGGAAUUUGAAUAAAAUAAAGUGUAAUACCCUUUCUCCAAUAAUGAUAUAUACACAACUCCUUUUUUAUA